GUAAAUUGCAGACCGCAGGGCUGGUGAUGCUGUCCAGGAGGCCCGGCAGUGACUGGCGGAAGGACGAAGGGCGAAGGGCGAAGGGCCGGCGGCUGUGGCGAAGGCACCAGCAUGCGGUUCCCCGAGCGCUUCUCCUGCGCCCUGCUGGCGGCGGCGGCCAUGGCCACGGCCUGCGUGCUGGCCCAGCGAGCGCCCCCGUGGACAGAAGACUGCAGAAAAUCAACCUACCCUCCCUCGGGGCCCACGUACAGAGGCCCGGUGCCAUGGUAUACCAUCAAUCUUGACUUACCCCCAUACAAGCGUUGGCACGAGGUCAUAACAGACAUGUCACCAGGGUUCCGGACCAUUGUGCAGAGCGUGAAGGAUGUGGUGAAUGCUUUCUUCCCUAGUGGAAAAGUCAUGAAGAUGGUGGACGAAAGCUUGCCCGGCAUGCUUGGCGACCUUUCCUGGCCCUUUGAAGAGGAGUUGAAGGGGAUUGCAGAUGUGUCCGGAAUCCCCCUAGGUGAGGUCAUUUCCUUCAACAUUUUCUAUGAGCUCUUCACGGUCUGCACCUCCAUCAUAGCGGAAGACAAGAAAGGUCAUUUGUUCCAUGUCAGAAAUAUGGAUUUUGGGGUCUUUCUUGGGUGGAACAUGAACAACAAUUCCUGGACUGUGACGGAAAAUCUGAAGCCGCUAACAGUGAAUUUGGAUUUCCAGAAGAACAAUCGGACGGUCUUCAAAGCCACCUCGUUCGCGGGCUACGUGGGCAUGUUAACAGGCGUGAAGCCAGGCAUCUUCAGCCUGACCCUGAACGAGCGCUUCAACGCCAACGGCGGCUACCUGGGCCUCAUAGAAUGGAUGCUGGGCAGAAGAGAUGAGAAGUGGAUAGGCUUCCUCUUGAGGGCCGUGCUGGAAAACGCCACCAGCUAUGAAGAGGCCAAGAACCUGCUGACCAAGACCAAAAUCAUGGCCCCAGCCUACUUCAUCCUCGGGGGCAACAAGUCGGGUGACGGCUGCGUGAUCACUCGGGACCGGAAGUCUACUGUAGAUGUCUAUGAGCUCAAGCCCAAGGAUGGCAGGUGGUUCUUGGUAGAGACCAAUUAUGACCGCUGGAAAGCCCCCUUCUUCAUCGAUGACCGGAGGAAGCCUGCGACCACCUGCUUAAACCAAACCACACAAGAGAACAUCUCGCUGGCCUCUUCCUACGACAUCCUGUCAACGAAGCCGAUUCUCAACAAGCUCACGGUGUACACCACACUGAUAGAUGUGCCCGGUGACGUGUAUGAAUCGUACCUGCGAGACUGCCCGGACCCCUGUAUCGGCUGGUGAGGAGCAGGUAUCUGGGCUGCAGCAGGAUCUCGAGGCUCUUCUGCCCUGCGAGCGGGGGAGCUCUGUGCAGGCAGGUCCCAGGACCCAGCUUCAGAAGGUGGCUAGGGCCCCAGGCUUGUCCUCGGUUCCUCGUGCUUGUCGACAAUCCAGGGAGUCUGCUUUACCGCUAAUCCUUUGUGAUUCUUUCUGAACUUGCCAGUAAUCGCUAGGAAAAUGAAGCAGUCCUUGGGAGUCAGAGUCGCCGGCCUCUCCCAAAUGUGUGCGGGGCUUUAUUCUCAGAUUAGGGACCUCCGGUCCCCUUGACUGAUGGAGGGGGGUCCCAUGGGCCAGGCCCAUCCCGCAGCCCUGCAGGACCCUGCUCAGCCCACGGCCACCUGUGGUCUGGACCAUCCUGUGGGCAGCCGAAAGAGAUGGAUGGUUCUUGGCUUUGCUCUCGGCCGAGUGACCACGGCUUCUUUUUCUCCCUGUUAAAAUAAACAUGCUGUUGUGCAA